AUGAAUCCUCUUGUUCUCUUCGUGCCUAUUUGGGUGCUAGGCAUUUCUCUUUCCUCGCCAAUUCUUCAUGCUGCAACCUCCAUUUCUGUUUCUCAAAAUGCACAAGCUGAAUCUCCAGGUAUUCAGGAGGUUAGAGCAGUGCACCAUCAGAAUUUGAAUAAGGGAAUUCUAAUUGCAUUAGUUGGUUGUUCUGCUCUUCUUGGUGGAAUCUUCCUAAUCAUAUUUUGUGUCUGGUUCCGUCGACAUAAACACGUAAAAUGCUCCAAAAGUAAAAAUCAAGAAACCACUGAGGCUGCAAAAGGGGAAACUUUAAGCUCUGUUAAUGCUAAGCAUAACUACUCUAGGAUGGCAGAUAAGAAAAGUUCAGUGGCUAUUUUUGACUAUCAGCUGUUAGAGGCUGCUACAAACAGCUUUAGCACAAGUAAUAUUAUGACAGAGAGUGGUUCUAGGAUCGUUUACAGAGCUAGUUUUGACGAGCAUUUCCAGGCAGCUGUUAAGAAAGCAGAUAGUGAUGCUGAUAGAGAAUUUGAGAAUGAAGUGAGUUGGUUGAGCAAGAUACGGCAUCAGAAUAUCAUAAAACUUAUGGGUUAUUGUAUUCAUGGUGAAUCGAGGUUUCUUGUUUAUGAACUGAUGGAGAAUGGAUCUCUGGAAACUCAAUUGCAUGGGCCUAAUCGAGGGUCAUCUUUAACUUGGUAUCUCAGGUUAAGAAUUGCUGUUGAUGUUGCCAGAGCAUUAGAAUAUCUCCACGAGCACUGCAAUCCUCCUGUGGUUCAUAGAGAUUUAAAAUCUUCCAAUGUUCUUCUGGAUUCUAACUUUAGUGCCAAGUUGUCAGAUUUUGGAUUCGCUAUGGUUUCUGGAAUGCAACACAAGAACAUGAAGAUGUCAGGAACCUUAGGAUAUGUGGCCCCUGAGUACAUUUCACAUGGUAAACUAACUGACAAGAGCGAUGUCUAUGCUUUUGGGGUUGUCCUUCUAGAACUCCUAACGGGAAGAAAACCCAUGGAGAACAUCACCUCAAACCAAUAUCAAUCCCUUGUAUCAUGGGCCAUGCCUCAGCUAACUGACAGAUCGAAGCUUCCAAGUAUUCUUGAUCCUGUUAUCAGAGACACGAUGGAUUUGAAGCAUUUGUAUCAGGUUGCUGCAGUGGCUGUACUCUGCGUGCAAGCAGAACCAAGUUAUAGGCCACUAAUAACAGACGUGUUGCACUCUCUCAUCCCUUUGGUACCCGUUGAGCUUGGAGGGUCUCUAAGAGUUACAGAACCAAUCAGCUCAGAGAAUUCUCAUUGA